AUGGAUAGAAGGUCUGCUAGAAUAAAAGCAGAGUUAGAAAGAUAUGGUUGGAGAGUUUCAAAGAAGUUUAAAUAUAAGAAGGGAAAGCCAAUAAAAGUCUAUGACAAAUUGUCUGGUCUGACCUACGAAAUGGACUUAAAAACAGCACGCGCAAAUUAUCCAAACAGAUUAGAGAGGUUAGAAGAAGAACGGCUUAUGGACAUGCCUUUCAAUGUUACUGAACCUCAAGUUGAGGGACACGACGGCUUUGCCAGAUUCUACUGGAAACAUGACGAACAAUUGCAUCCCUUGAGAAGGAAAAAAGGAAAAGGUGAAGACGCACAUGCUCCCAUGGAAAGAACAAGAUAUGCAUAUGAAAAGUAUCGCGAGGUUAGAAGUAAAAUUACUUCUGGUCGAACCUUUACAGUAAACUUUGACGAAGGAAAGAACAAAGAAGGCUUCAUGGGAGUACUUGCUGCCAUACAAGACGGAAAUAAGAAAGGAUACAAUCUCAGACUAACCGUAACAGAUUUAGAUG